AUGGUACGCGCCCGCUGGUUUCCCUAUGGCUUGGUCAAGGCCAGGGUUGCCAUCACCUUCUUUAACAACACAGUGCUGUGCCAGCAGCAUCUCCUGGUUAAAAACGAGCAGACCCAUCCCUCCGUGUCUUCUUGCCCACCACAAGCACACCUCAUCCCUUGCUUCUGCCUGUCCAGGCACACCCUAUCCCUCUACAUCUUCUUCCUCAGUUGCGCGCUGCAGCUGCGCAGGAUCGGCGACAAGUGGGACCUGCGGCAGAAGAUCCUGAACCUGCUGGCGAAGCUGUUCUGCCCGGAGAGCUGGCACCCAAAAACGUGUCUGUGGAGAGAAAAGCGCAAGAUCCUCACCAGCUAUGCCAUGCACGUCAGCAGGCUUCCCCCUGACUCAUCCUCCUACUUCUCUGCAGCUUCACAGGCAGGGAGCAGCACGCCUGGGGUACCUGUUCCCCUGUGCGAGGAGGACUAA